AUGUUGAUGUGAUAUGCAAAAAGGGGCGUUGGCUAUGCUUGUCGAUGAUUAACAUUCAUAAUCUUUUGUCUCAGAAACAGAAAUCAGUUAUUAACAGUUAAUAUCCAAUUCCAUCGGUUUUAGGGAGAUGUUGGUCAUUCCUCGAGCAUCAAUUUCAUUCCGUUAUUUUAAUAAAUUAACCAUUCUACUAAGCUUAAAUGCUCUCCAUUCUGUCAAAUCCAAAACUACCAUACCUAGUAUCGAUUACAGCGCCAAUUCAAGCGUGGCACAAUCCAAUUGGCUCAUCACCAAGCUUAGCACAGAAGGUAAAAUCAGCCAAGUACGGAAACUGUUCGAUCAAAUGCCUGAUAGAGAUAAAGAUGUAAUAACUUGGACUGCACUGAUUUCUGGGUAUAUCAAGCUUGGCUUGAUUGAGGAAGCAAGGAGACUGUUCGAUAGAGUUGAUUCAAAGAAGAAUGUGGUAACGUGGACUGCGAUGCUAAGUGGUUAUAUGAGGUCAAAUCGAAUUUUAGAAGCCAAGAGGUUGUUUGACGAAAUGCCGGUUAAAAAUGUUGUAUCUUGGAAUACUAUGGUUGAUGGAUAUGUGCAAAAUGGGAUGGUUGGUAAGGCUUUUGAAUUGUUCCAGGAAAUGCCUGAGAGAAACGUGGUGUCAUGGAAUACGAUGUUAACUGCAUUGGCACAAUGUGGAAGGGUUGAGGAUGCAAGGGGAUUGUUUGAUAGGAUGCCUAAAAGGGAUGUUAUUUCGUGGACAGCGAUGGUUGCUGGGUUGGCGAAGAAUGGGAAGAUUGAUGAGGCUAGGAGGGUUUUUGAUAGGAUGCCUGAGAGGAAUGUGGUGUCGUGGAAUGCAAUGAUCACUGGGUAUUCUCAGAAUAUGAAGUUGGAUGAGGCUUUUGAGUUGUUUGAGAGGAUGCCAGAGAGGAAUUUGUCUUCCUGGAAUGCUAUGAUCACAGGGUUUAUUCAGAAUGGGGAGUUGAAGAGGGCUGAGAAAUUGUUUGAUAAGGUGCCACGUAAGAAUGUCGUUUCUUGGACUACUAUGAUUACAGGAUAUGUACAAGAUGAGCAAAGUGAGGAAGCAUUGAAGAUUUUCUCAAAAAUGAUGGCAGAGGACGGGGUAAAGCCCAAUGAGGGAACUUUUGUGAGUGUUUUGAGUGCAUGUAGUGACUUAGCUGGUCUCUUUGAAGGACAGCAGGUUCAUCAGACAUUAGCUAAAACAAUUUAUCAGUGUAGUGAAAUUGUUGUAUCUGCAAUUAUUAAUAUGUACUCAAAAUGUGGGGAAUUGAAUGCUGCUAGGAGGAUGUUUGAUGAUGGCUUAAUAAGCCAGAGGGAUGUGGUUUCGUGGAAUGGUAUGAUUGCAGCUUAUGCACACCAUGGGUGUGGUGGGGAGGCUAUCAGCUUGUUCAAAAAAAUGUCUGGUUUUGGUUUUAAACCUAAUGGUGCUACAUAUGUGGCUUUGCUUUCUGCAUGCAGCCAUUCUGGUAUGGUGGAGGAUGGGUUAAGGUACUUUGAUGAGCUUGUGAGAGACAAGUCCAUUCAGGUCAAGGAGGACCACUAUGCAUGCUUGGUUGACCUAUGCAGUCGAGCAGGGAAGCUCAAGGAAGCCUUUGAAUUCAUUAUGCGGCUUGGCACUAAACCAUCAGCAUCUAUUUGGGAAGCUCUUCUUGCUGGAUGUCAUGUUCAUGGGGAUGUGAAUUUAGGGAAGCUGGCUGCAGAAAAGAUUUUAGAGACAGAACCAGAGAAUGUAGGCACUCACAUGUUGUUGUCUAACAUAUAUGCUUCAAGAGGAAAAUGGAGGGAUGCUGGUAAGGUAAGGUUGAAAAUGAAGAAUAAGGGAUUGAAGAAGCAGCCAGGUUGCAGCUGGAUAGAAGUAGGGAAUAAAGUUCAUGUGUUUGUGGCUGGUGCCAAGUCUCGUUGUCAUGCCAAUCUUCUUUACCCAUUACUGUGUGAACUUCAUGCAAAAAUGAGGAAGGCUGGAAGUAUACCAAAUAAUGAUUAUAUGAAGGAUGAUGAUUUUCUGGUGAUAUGAGUUUUUUAUCUGCUGAUGUCUCUUAUAGAACAAUAUAAGGGAUUACUACCAGAGAUGAUUUUGGAGAAGGAAAGCCCAUUUUAUGGUCGGUGACAUUCAUUUGUACUACCAAACAAAGUAUUUAUUGCCAUACCGGUACUAGCAAACACUAGAUAUCUUAUAAAGAGGGUACAGUUGCUAUUGUUUCUUUAUCUGCACCAGACAUAACAGGACAUUGUCAUACAUAGAGAGUUUGUGCCAUUCUUUCCCAUUGCUGCAGUCUUUGCUUGUCUAUUUUGCUUUUUGCAAGGAAAAAUUCGUGAUAUCUUAAUGUUUGUAGCUCAAGAGGAGAUGAAAAAGAAGAGGAUUGGUUCCAACUAAGUGUUGGUACAUCUAAUUCAAGCUUUUUUCUAGAAUAUGCUACUAUCCUUAGCAAUGGCCAUGGCAAUAGCAGCAUGAGCAGCAAUUAAAGUACUUCCCACUAUUUGUUUUUAACUUUGCUUCUUUUGGAAAUGAAGAAAUAUUCCUUAAGUAGCUCCGGAUGACAUUUAAAAAGAUGGCACUAUCUUGCAUAGCUAAAGGAUUGGGCUGAUUGGCAAGCAUGAAAGUCAUGUCCCUGUGUGGUCUUAGGAUGAGCAUUGCCUAAUACUAACUCAUAUUUGAAAUCCUGUUGGAAUGUCUGCUCCUUUGCAAUUUCUAUCUACUUUCUUCUACUAACCACUGCAAGUGCUUGCUGCUUUGGGCAUCAGAAGGAUUAUAAGUAGGGGGAGAAAAAUCAUCAAAUUGGUGUCAAAUGCCAUGUCAGAAGGUUGACAAAUUCAAGCACUUUUUUGAGGAGUUGAUGCAUAGUUGCUUUCUGUUUGCUCUUCCCAUUGUCUAAGGUAGGACCCAGUUGAAACUCUUUUGAAAAUCAUAUUCGCUUUAUGGUGCAAAACAUUAUAUAUCUGUUGCUGCACUUUGUAUUCAAUGUAGCAAAUGAAUCCAGGACCAGAAUUUGAAACGUAAGAGAAUUAGGGAUGAAGAGGAGAUCAAAAGUCAGCCCAAGGGGUGGUCUCCCAGCUUCUUAAACCGGGGAAUUGGCCCAAGCUGUCUUUGACUUGAGGUCAUUCUAUGGUCAAGUUCAUUCAGAGUUCAAGUCAUCUUGAUUCUUGGUUGCUUCAGGUUUGGUUUGUCUCAAAUCUUGGUUAUGUU